UACUCGUUCAAAACAAAGCGAUUUUUGUGUUAUUGAUGUCUGAUUUCCUUCGCACUGUUGUCGUCCUACUAAAAUGGAAAAUUCAUAUUUAAAUAUUGCACAUGUCUAUGGCCGUAAGGCAGAAAACUAUGCCAAACAUCGACGUUUUGAUGAAGCCAUCGAAAGUCACCGGAAGGCCGUGGUCAAUCUGGAUGAGGCCAUUAAACUUUCUCCCACCUCGGCGAUUGUUGUCGAAUCCUUGCAACUGCAAAGAAAGUAUCACCUCAAGCAGGUUGAGUUUCUACGCCACAAAAAGCAACAGUACGAGCGAUACAUGAAAGCCCUAGAAUAUCAGCGUCGUCGGAAUCCUGAAUAUCUUGCACAGCGUAUGGAAAAUAUGGAAAAAUAUCACGUUCUUCAACUUUCGAUUUAUAAAAACUUAGACGAUACGGAUGCUUUGUUGGAAUCUUUGUCCAAAACUCGACCGGAAGCUAUCGCUGGAGAGGGCAGGAAAAAUUCCUCUUUAGAAGAUCUUAUCAAGCUCAAUCAUUCACUCCAUAUAAUGAUCCAUCAAAUGGUGCAGAACUUUGACGAAUGUUCCACGGAAAACGAAGUCCUCAAGGAAAAAUUAAGCAUGUACGAAAAGGAAAAGGAAAACAAUCCUUCGGGAAAGGGGACUGGAAGAUUGAGCUCCGAUCAGAGAAAAGGAAACGCUACACUAGAGGCAGAUCGGUCAAUUUUGGAAGCGAUCGAUUUUCAUUCGGAAGAACUUCCGGCUCUGGCGCCUCUAGAAUUACCCACAUUUGACCUGCCAGAUUUUGAUAAGUCUUAAAUCUGAUGUGCUAGUGAAGUAAUCAGAAGUUGUAGAUAAGUUUUUUGUGUAUAUUUAUGAUAUUAUGACUUACAAAAUGAUUCAAUUACGUUGUGAAUGUAGAAAUGUGAAUGAAUCACAUUAGAAUAAUGGUUAUAUCUUCUUGAAAGAAUAAAAUUUAUGUUAACAUUCUUCAAUAAUGUAAACGAAAUCUUGGAUAAAACAAUAAAUACGUAUUCUUCUAUUAAAGUACAUAUUUCGUAAAUCAGGAUGAAAAGUUUUGAGGAAAUUUAAAUAGUUUUAUUACUUUAACUUCCAAAAAGUAUAAUUUCACUACGAAAGAAUAAAUUAUUCACUAAUAAGCAUAUUUUAGGGGCCAUCCAGAUACCACGUGGACAGAAAAGAGAAUUUAU